AUGUGGUUCCUGGUUCUGUGCCUCGCCCUGUCCCUGCGGGGGACUGGUGCUGCACCGGCCAUCCAGUCCCGGGUUGUGGGAGGCUGGGAGUGUGAGCAGCAUUCCCAGCCCUGGCAGGUGGCUCUGUACCACUACAGCAACAUCCAGUGUGGGGGCGUCCUGGUGCACCCCCAGUGGGUGCUCACGGCCGCCCACUGCAUCAGUGACAAUUACCAGGUCUGGCUGGGUCGCCACAGCUUGCUUGAAGACGAAGACACAGCGCAGUUUGUCCAUGUCAGUAAGAGCUUCAUACACCCGCUAUUCAACCUGAGCCUCCUGAAGAACUACACCCUCCAGAAAGACGAUGACUACAGCCACGACAUCAUGCUGCUCCGCCUGACGGAGCCCGCCGAGAUCACAGACGCUGUGAAGGUCCUGAAUCUGCCUUUCGAGGAACCCGAACCUGAAUUGGGGAGCAUCUGUUUUGCCUCUGGCUGGGGCAGCAUCACACCAGAGAACCUUUCAUACCCAGACGAUCUCCAGUGUGUGGACCUCAAAAUCCUGCCUAAUGAUGUGUGUGACAAAGCCCACAUCCAGAAGGUGACAGAGUUCAUGCUGUGUGCUGGAUACAUGAGGGGUGGCAAAGACACCUGCAAGGGUGACUCGGGGGGCCCACUGAUCUGCAAUGGCGUGCUCCAAGGACUCACAUCAUGGGGCCAUAUCCCGUGUGCCAACCCCAAGAUGCCCUCACUCUUCAUCAACCUGCAUAAGUACCUUAAGUGGAUCAAGGACACCAUGGAAAACAACCCCUGA